UGUCUUCCCCCACUCUUUCUCCUUCCAUAUCUCUCCAUUUUCCCCCACUCUCUCUCUCCCUAUCCUAAAAUAUUCCCUCAUUUUCAAAUUUUGCUAAACAAUUUCAUUUCUAAGUCAAAGUUUUUGCCUUUUUCUUGGUGGAUUUUGAUCUAAAGUUCUCUUUUUUGAGGUUAAUUUGUUGAAAUCUUCGGAUCUGUAACUGGGUUGUGAAGAAUCUGUUUUUGGGGUUGUGGGAGUUGUUGAUUUGGUGAAAUUUUUGGAUCUGAAAGUGGGUUUUGAAGAUUCGUUUCUGGGGUUGUGGGAAUUUUGUAUUGAUUGACUUUUGGAUUUCAAGUUCAGAUUUUUUUUCUCGAUGUCGUCAACGUAUUGGUGUUAUAGAUGCAAUAGGUUUUACAGAGUAUGGAGCGAGGAAUCGAUUACUUGUCCUGAUUGUAACACGGGAUUCGUUGAAGAAAUUGAGGCUCCGACCCGAUCCACGUUGUCCGGGUCACGGCGUCGGCGUUUCCCUCCGGCGGUGAUGCAGACGGCAGCGCGGAGUACGGAUCAGUCUCCAGCUUCGGGUUAUGGUUCUGGGUCAAGUCCGGGUGUUCGUAGGAACAGGAGAAAUACUGGUGACCGGUCGCCGUUUAAUCCUGUGAUAGUCCUUCGUGGUUCUACCAAUGGAGGUGGUGCGGGAGGGGAAGGUGGAGGAGGCGGUGGAGGAGGGGGGUUUGAACUGUAUUAUGAUGAUGGAACCGGGUCGGGUUUGAGACCUUUACCUACGAGUAUGUCUGAGUUUUUACUCGGGUCGGGUUUCGAUAGGCUUUUGGAUCAGCUUGCGCAGAUUGAAGCUAAUGGUAUUGGAAGAAUGGAGAAUCCACCAGCUUCAAAAGCUGCAAUUGAGUCAUUGCCAACAAUUGAGAUAAUUCAUUCUCAUAUUGUUGCUGAAUCUUGUUGUGCAGUUUGUAAAGAAGCAUUUGAGUUAGGCACUGAGGCCCGCGAAAUGCCCUGUAAACAUUUAUACCAUUCAGAUUGCAUACUCCCAUGGCUUUCGUUGCGCAAUUCGUGUCCAGUUUGUAGGCAUGAAUUGCCCUCAGAGAGUCGGGAUGUUGUCGAUCCGAAUAGAGCACCAAGCGAACAGAGUGAGCAGAGUGUAGCAACAAAUAAUGAGGUGGAAGAAGCUGUUGGAUUGACAAUAUGGAGAUUACCUGGUGGUGGAUUUGCUGUUGGGAGAUUAGGUAGGAGAGGUGGGGAGAGAGCUCUUCCUGUUGUAUUCACUGAAAUGGAUGGUGGUUUCAAUAAUAACAACAAUAAUGGAGUUCCAAGGAGGAUUUCAUGGGGUUCUAGAGGAAGCGAAUCGCGACAAAGUGGUGGCUUUAGGAGGUUUUUUGGCAACUUGUUUUCGUGUUUCGGUGGUAUUGGUUCAUCAGGGUCAAGCUCUAGUUCAGAUUCUAGGAUAAAUCAGAGCAGAAGUAGUUCAAUGUCAUCUGUCUUUCUUGCUACAGCAAGAAGACGCAGAGGCUGGGGUUUCGAAGCUAAUAAUGGAGUUAGAAGAUGGUAACUUGAGUACCGGUGGACGCUACAAGUUUAUCAUCAUUGUAAAUACACUGGAAGUGAAUGCUGGCUCUUCAAUGGCAAGCAAGAAUUUAUUUUUGAUAUUUAUUAAGAUGAUAUUCAUGCAAAUGAAUUGAAGAUCCUAUAGCAGGGGAGGAUGACAUUGGAAUAUAUUAGUGUAAUGAAUGAUCUAAUCAGAAAGGUUUCUGCAACUGGAUCUUUCCAUAUUCUGAGGGACCUGCUAGCCUGCUGUCUGCUUAGCUCAAUUAUAUGUGGCCUCUAUUGUCCUAAUACACACUCAGGUUUGUUCAUUUUUCUAUGAGAUUGUCAUGAGCUGUGGUGGACCUUUGGUUAAUUGUAUACAAUCAAAUUAUAGUAGUGGAGAUCAUUUGAGGCUCUUUGCUAAAGGACAGAGAUGACCAGAAUUCUGAUAAAAGAAAGGGAAGCGUAAGGCCGGAUGUCGUUGAGCAUUUGAUUUUAUAUCUCCUGUAAGACUCAAAAGUCGUCGUUGGAUGUUUUCUACAUUGUUGUUUCGUUUUCUUGAUAUGGAAGAGGACGAUUGGGUGCAAAUCUUGCGUAUAUACGCCAUUAUCAACUGCAUCGCGUGGCGUUUGAGUAUGUUAUGUUUGAGAAAUAAGCUAGCAUUGGAGCUAUUUUCGGUGAGAAUUUAGCUCAACUAUGGCAUUUGGGUGGGAAAAGGUUCAUAUAGGCAAAUAUCGAUAAGUUGUGACUCGUGAAGAUUCAUCUAGUCGACUUCAAUUGACUUGAUAUCAACCAUGGGCGAAGCUAAGGGACGUUAGGGAAUUCAUUCGACUCUCCUUUAUUGAAAAUUUACAUUGCGUCUAUGGUUAAAAUUACUUAUAUGUUAUAUAGUGGACAUCAAAAAAAAUUGAUAUGUUUGCGUUCA